CACAUGGCUUGACUAUAAGGCUCAAACGAGGAGGUAGAUCACAGCUGUCGCUUAAUUUCGGCAGAUUUGAGUCAUCUUCUAUGGAUUUUUUGGAAAAUGAGAAAAGUGAUAAAGAGACUCUCUUCUCCGAUGAUUUGCUGUUCAUGGAAGAAAGUUUGACAGGAACGAAUGACCAGUUUCAUACUCAGAUAAUUAGCGAUAAUAUUAGUGGCAUCAUUACGCUUUCGGUAUUAAUGCGAGGCUUGGACUUUGACGUUGAUUUUCUUAAUGAAAGACUUGAGAGUAAUGAACAGGAAAGUGAAAUAAACGUUUGUGACGACCAGAGGUACGCAGGCUUGAUAGAUCAUUGUCUUUCUCACUGCUCUCCAGUAUCGUCAGAUUCCGGGAACCACUCACCAUCAAGUACCAGCUCAGAGGGAGCUCAUUUUGGUGAACUAUGGCAAGACUCAAAUUUGACACCAGGGUGUACCAUAGAAGAGGGUGGAGUGGCGAAUGAAAGACUGAAGUUGCCUGAGACUUGUACCAUAGUACCCGAGGGAGAGACUGCAAAGCGAGAUAAUUUUUUGGCUUCCAGUUCAGCUGAUGCGUCUCAACUACAAACUUCUCAGGCUAGUCAAUUUUGUUUGGGAAGAAAUUUUUUUCGCAUUUUUAAAAUUCUGCGCCUCACACGCAUUCAGAAUUUAAACAUUCAUGAGUAUUUUGAUGCUGGAUUAUCACAAUUAGUAGUUUGCCAACAACAGUCUGCUAACUCUUCUGCGAAUCAUAAAACCAACCUGAGGGCGGAAUCUGACAGGUGGCUCAUGCAGAAAUCUGCGAAACUUUGUAAUUUGAGAUGCAAAUUUUGUGGAGAGAAGCGAGGUGUUGAAGACGGUAUUUCUUUUUCAAUGAGUGUGACUACUCAGGCCCCGGUUGUUUACCUUCUGCCAGCCUCUACCUCAAACUCUUUUGUUACUCAGAAUGAAAAGCGCAAUUUGAAACAGAAAUUGUGCAUUAAACCAGUGUCUGGCUUCCCAGUUCAUACCCUAAUCGAUAAGCAAUAUACUUCUAAGAAGACAAACAGUUUUGCGGUGCCGUCAAACAGAAUGCAACCAUAUACAGUUACCCGUCCCCAAUUGCUCAUCCCAAAACCAGAUUCAGAAUCGUUUAAUACGGUGCCUCUUACUGCAAAACCUCUGAUUAACACUGUAUCAUUAGCUGCCCCCACUACCCUCCUCACUUCAGUUCCUGCUGCCAGUGUCAACCAAACCACAGACAGCUCGUUAAACAGGGUUUUUGUGCCAAUUUCUUGCAGCAGGAGAUUAAGCACUGACUCUGGUGAUUGCACGUUUUCGAAAGAUGCUCAGGAAUAUGCGAGAAAACGAGAAGAAAGGAAAAUCAAAAAUCGAGCUUCAGCGCAACAGUCAAGACUGCGUAAACGACAUGAGUUGGACGAACUGAAACACAAGCUCAGUGAAAGUGAAAAAAAUGUUCAAAAAUUGCGGCUUGAAAAUGAGGAACUGAAGAAGCAGAUUGUUUAUCUGCAGAAUGAGAAUGCGCUUCUGCAAAAAAAUUUUGUCGGAGUUCGAGGCCGGACUAGCGUUGUCACAGGGGUUGCAUGUCUUAUGGUCUUCUGUAUAUUUGCGAACAUCAACCGGAAACCUUUCACAAGUCUUGAUUCCUCUUUGAAAGUGUCAGAAAUUAUUUCACAAAAUAGCGAGGCUCCGGGAUUAACUGGCGUGUUUCGUGGGCGUUCCCUUCUUUCAGUUAGUUACGAUAGCACGGGCAGUGGCAAUCGGCUCGUUGAAAGAAGAGCAAUGUCUGAUGUAGGAGUCGAAGGACGUUCAGAAUCAGAAGAAGAUGAUAUCCGAUUGCUUGCUCGUAAUGCUAGUAAUAUCAGUGAUUGUGGAGAUGGCCAAAAAGCGUUUUUAAAUCAGACAGAAAGGAUUAGGGUCAAUAAUGACCUGAGCAGCUGGGUGGAUCGUCACGAAAGAUUAAUAUUUCUACAGAUGCGUCAGGUUUUUCGUGCUCCUAUGCCAAAGUUAACUCAUGUCUCAAACAGUUCUCUUCGGCAAAAGAUGUCUUCAAAAGCUAAAGCAAAAAAACUGCAAAGGAUUCAGGAUUUUCGCAGAAUAUGUAUCUUUGAUAUCUCUUUCAACUUCGUUUCAAUUGUAACAAAACUUCAAGUUUGUAGAAACAGUGCUGUCAAAAAAGAGGAAGCCAAAUUGAAAGCGACACGUGAACGAGCUUGGAGGCACCUUGACCUUAUAAGUUCUACAGGAAAAGCAACCGCAGAGCCUCAUAGCGCGAGGCUGGAAAAAAUGCAGGUGGAUUUAUUCGCUGAUACACGUCGUCAGCUGUCACUGAGGAGUGCUGAGCUUGAGAAGCGUCGUUCAUUAAAUGCAGAGACUCGGUACUCCGAAUUGGCAAGAGCGAUAAAACAGAAAGAGGAUACUUUAUACGUUGUUGCAAUGCAGGUCAGCACACAGAACCCUGUUGGUUGGUGGGCUGGACGUAUUACUCAUCGACACUCUAUAUUUUUUGACUACUACUUACUUCCGGCAGUAAAUCGUAACAGUACAGACCGUCCUCGAAUUUCCUUAAUUCUACCAGCAUUUUCAUAUAAUGGCACACUUCCUAACCAGGUAGCAAUGAUGCGGAUUGAAUGUGAGGUUACAGGAACUGGGCUCUUUCAUAUAUCAGAUUCACUUCUCUUGUUUUUUUACAAUGAAAGCCAUUACUACUAGUG